AUGGAAGAUAAGGAGGAGCAUCAUCAAACACAUCCAUUGACUUGCACAAGCUGUCAUGCCCGAGUAGAGAAGGAGGCCGAGUCAUCAGAGAAGGCGACUAAGCUCAAAAACCGCCUGUUAUAUUAUUUGUUCCUUGUUGCACUGACUGCAGUCGAGACAGGUGUGAUCCUACUCUGUGCACUCACAGUCCUCAAAUCCAAGACCCCCAAUUUUCGUGUCCGGGCUGUGGCAGUCGAGGCCUUAAGAGUCAGCAACACAACCAACCCUUUCUUCAGCAUCACAUUCAAAGCAGAAUUCAAUGUCAGGAACAAAAACUUCGGCCAUUUCAGCUACCACAACACGACGGUCUACUUCUACUACGAAGAUGUCAAGAUCGGAAAGGCCUUCAUCCACAAGGCUCAGGUGGAUGCAAGAUCCACAAGAAAAUUCUACAUAAGAGUGAAGCUCACAUCCUCAUAUGUUUCGAAAAGCUCAUUGCUUUUCAUCCAGGACUUGAAAUCAGGGGUUUUGCCGAUAACCAUGCAGGCUAAAAUGACAGGGAAGAUCACAUUGUUGAAGUUACUGAAGAAUGACAAAUCCACCAACCUGAAUUGCAACAUGGAUGUAAUUGUGAAGAAGAGGCAGCUCAAGAACUUAAAGUGCAAGUGA